UCUCUUAUGCCCACUUAUUGCAGAUGGUAGCCUAUCCUGAGUUUAUUGAUAUUCGGCCUUAUACCUCUGAGCCGAAAGAAGAGCCAAUUACCUACGGUCUACAUGCCGUACUUGUUCAUGCUGGGACGACUUGCUGUUAUGUGAAGGCUCCUAAUGGCAAAUGGUACAACAUGAAUGAUCAAUCUGUGAUGCUUGUGGAUAAGGCAACAGUGUUGAGGCAGCAAGUCUACCUGUUGUUCUACACCAGAUUCAACAAUGAUGAGAAAAGAAGAGAACCAGCUUCUUCUACACAAGCUACUUUGAUUUCCCAAAAGCCAAUAAUAACCAAACCAGCGAUCUUUGGGAUAGACACUAUGAUCAAGACACCAAGAAUAAAUGAAAAAGCAGAUAAUACCUUGAUACCAAACAACAUGGCAACUUCUAGCACUCAGCAGGCAAAUAUUAUCCAGCCAGCAAGGUUUAUGAUACAAUUUGCCAAGCCUGUGUUUCAGAUUUCCGAAAACACACAUGAAAGAGAUGAGAAGAAAAAGAGCCUGAAAAGGCCACUGGCUGAUGAGAAAGAAAGUGAAGAAAUGCCAAAGAAGAAAAUGUUUCUUACAAGGCUCUAAGAAAAGCCAACAAUGUUAGCAGCGUCAUACCAGGCCUACAACAAAUACAUGUGAAAUGUACCACAGUAGAAAUACUAAGACCUAUAAAGUGUGGCACAGACCUAUUGGCCAACUGGUACCAGAUAAUGGACAGACAUAUAUCUAACAGGCAUUACAGAAAUUACAAAAUGUUUGGAAUCUAUUUUGACUGCCUAGGACGUCCAUCGAAACCAUCAAACAAUCGUGGAUACUUUGGAGAAGCCUUCGAAUAUAGGAAUAAAAAAAGGUAAAGUAGUGUAAUUGUUCCUCUAGUUAUAUUGAAUUUUGAACUUAGUAUAAAUAUCAUUUUGAAAGUCACCAAUAUAUGUUUUUCAGUGAUCGUGAUCUUCUUUGUCAUGAACGUGGUGAUCAAGAAAUAUUGUCAAUGAAAAGAACCAAGAUUUGGAAGGCGCUGCUCUCCCUAUCCUACAGCAACAUGUUGAUACUGUUUUUAUGCUUUAUUGUCUAAUACAUUUGUAAUUUGUAUAUUUCAAAUAAAUAAUUAAAUACAUGUUAAAUUCUGUGUUUUUAA